AUAUUGGACAAUGGAUUACCAAUUUCUGUGUGUGCUGCAAAUUUUUGCGAUAGUUUUGGUGGUGAAUUUUAAUGCCGCCGAAGCCAUUGUAGGGCGAGAUGUUGUGCUGACACCAAAACGGGGUCUACAAUUGAGUGGAAAGAGCAUAUUUUAUGAAGAAGAUGCGAGUGCAACAACAACAACAACAGCUACACACAAUCAGACGCUCCUGCGGCCAUGGGAGCGUACAUUGAAACACGUAACAUUCGUUACACUUUUUACGAAUGCCGCAGCUACCGGGAAUGUCAGCCAGCAAAAAGCUUACAGCGACUUCCUCUACUCCCCCUACAUCCCACAACGCGUCGAAUCUGAUACGCGCUUUGGUGACAUUGUCACACUAGCAAACGGGCGCCUAGAGGAAACAGGCAACAAUUCGUUUCGCUUUAUAGAGGGCUUAUGCGGUUAUGACUGCGAUGCUGAGCGAGUAUGGGCUUUGUGGCAAGUACAGAAGAUACGACACCGCGAUGCGAAUCGCAAAUUUCGCUAUGAAAUGAAAUUCAGUGUGAGCCCGCUGCGCGCAGAGAGUGCAGGCAACAUCAAAAGAAAGGCAGAAUUAGAUAGCAACAAUAGCAAGCGAAGCGUUUUGCAAACAUACAUACAACGUGACGACGAUUAUCCGCAGACAUUCGGCAAAAUCGCCUACAACGAUGAGGCGCGCUUUGCUGACCGCCGUUUGGAUGACUACACGGCGCGAAACUUGAGGCAGCCGCCAAUGAAUCAAUACCGGCAGGCGACGCCUAUGCCUCAGCCGACCUUUAUACACGGCAUCUUUCAGCCGCCGCCACGUUUUCCACCGCUGCCAGAGAAAUUGAACAUCGGUAAGUAUAUCAAGGACUAUCCAGCUAAGGCUACGCCAAAGAUCGAACUCUUUCCGAAUAUACUCAAUGCGGUGAGUCGAAAUUAUUACCCCACGCCCACCACUUACCGACCGAGUUAUCAAUCGAAGUUUCCACGCCCGGAGUUGUAUACACCCAUCCAACACCAGGAGCCGCUGAAAUUCCCACAGAACUCACAGGAAAACGGCGUAGAUGUGGGCGGUGGAGUUAGCAAACUAUCGACACCUGUGGUGACGCAUCAUUUCCAUCAUCAUUUCUAUAUGCCAAGCACUACAAGCAACGAAAACGGACUUGGCAGCGCUGAGCAGCCCAUCAUUAAGCCGACGAAUCCAUAUAAAGGUGUAACGGUCGAAGCCACCUCCCCCAACUACAUAAAUAACUACUACAAGGAACGUGUGAAAAUGAGCAUCCCAGUGGGCACGCUGCAGUCCCAAAAGCCCAUAAAUUUCCCUAAUUCCGAGAUGGAAGUGCAUAGAGAACAAGUGGUGCAAGUGACGCCGGUGCCGCCACUAAGGCGUCCACAAAUUUACCAAAUGUAUCAGAUACCAAUUGAUGCUAAAGUGCCGCUACUCAUUUACCCAGCGCCUGUGGUGGAAGAGCAACCCACGCUGCAGCGCAGUAAACCCUUCAUACAGAGCGAGCCGAUGGAUGAUGAGCCCAUACGCUAUUCCGAACCUGAUCCACUCUACCUGAAUCUCGCGCACAACCCACCACUCGACGGACAAUCUUACGAACUAGGCGCGUCACAACUGGAAGCCCCGAAAAUUAACCACUUUGAGGAUUACGCUAAUAUCCGUAUCAGCACUGUUUCGAGCAGAAAAAAUGCCAAGCCAGAUUCGAUAGCUGCGCAAUUACCGCCACCUGAUAAUGACCAGGAUGUGAGUAUACCCUACGAGGAUGAAACCCAGGAGGAUAGUAAACCCAAGCAUGACCUCGAACAGAAGCCAAGCCACAAGGAUGUGCAGAUCUCGAUUAAACAGAAAACAAACCUUACCGCAAGCACUAAAGCGGCAAGGGAAAGCACGAGUGAAAGCCUUUUAGAAACCGCUGCCAACGCAACAGCGGCACCAACAACAACCACAACCGUGGCCACCACAACAGAACUAUUUACAACCAGCAGUCAACUGGAAACAAUAAAGACCUCCUCGUCCACCGUCCAAACUAACACUUUACCCACUACGAAUUCGCUGCUCUCAGCCACAACUGCUGUGCCGUCAACGACUUCCAUCGACGCUGCCACCGUGUUCACCAAACAGAGUACAUCGAACUUCAUUUCCACCUCCACAUCUGAGACACCUUCGCUACGCGCGAUUAGCCGUUAUCGCUUAAAGCAUGCGCGUGCCUCCACAACCACUACCGAGCAGCCGGUGCUGAAAUGGAAGCCAAGGCGCAAACAUUCUUUUAACAACAAGCCUACGUCAAGUACAAGCGCGAAGCCAAAUACCGAGGCGGAAGAGACAACUCAAACGGCAACAGUUAAAAAAGAACAACGACUGGAGACGAAAGAUGUCCGUUAUCAAAGACAAGAAAAGCAGUUGCCUGCAAUCGCGAACUCAACCAAAACUGGCAAUGACACCUUGCUCUCAACGAAAAGUAAUGAGGUUUUCGAAGUGCUCACACAAAAAUCGGUUAGCAAAUCGGUGAGCAUCAAGAUUGGUGAUAAUGGUGAGGAGAUUCCUGUCAUAAUUGACGACAGUGACUAUGGCGAAAACGAAGUGAAAACGGAUUAAUCGCUAUACAUUUUUUUGCACUGCUAUGGGCUUUAGAAUACCAAAAAAUUGUUAUUUUGUUAUUGUAAAUAAAAUUGAAAAACAUAGUUUGUAAGUUUUUUGUGAGUGUACAUUAUUAUAGAAGGAUAAAUUGUAUUUUUUAAUCGAAUAACAAGCUAAAAAAGUUGU